GAAUGUAGGGGGGAAGAAAUUUGGCGUGACAGCUCCUCACAUCUUCACAUUGAUUUUAAUGGGAGUCUCCAACAAAAAGAGCUAUUCGGGCGGAGAAAGCGACAAUUUCUCCAUUAAUUUGAGCGAGGAUGAAAGAUUCGUGUUUGAGGAUAUUGAUAGCGAAGGACUAGAAAAAAUAUAUAUAUAAAUAAGUUUAAAAAAAACGCGAUUGCAUUGGGACGGAUUCAGAUGUUUUUAGACACAUUUACUAGGAAAAUUCUGGGAAACCGCUUAUCUUUCUAUUGUGUUGCUAGUGUUUUAGUGAAUUUAACAGUACCUGAUAGUCGGAGGUGUGUGUCCACGGGUGUGUUGACGCGCAGUGUCUCAGGGAAGUCGACGGCAGCUUUAUGGACGGGGCAAGCUCAGCUGAUCUCCGUGGUUCCCUCUCCGGCCAAACAGAAGGCCAAGAUGGACGACAUAGUUGUUGUGGCCCCAGGCACUCAGUCCAUGAGAAACAUCCACAACGACCCUGAUGUCAUUAAGCUCCAGGAGAUUCCCACAUUUCAGCCUCUCUUGAAAGGAGUGCUGAGUGGUCAGACGUCGCCCAGCAGCGUGUGUCUGGAGAGACUGGACCCCCCACAGGUCUUGCAGCUCUGCCUCCGCUACCAAGACCACCUGCAUCAGUGCGCCGAGGCCGUCUCCUUCGACCAGAACGCUUUAGUCAAGCGCAUCAAAGAGAUGGACCUGUCUGUAGAGACCUUGUUCAGCAUCAUGCAGGAGCGUCAGAAGCGCUACGCCAAGUACGCCGAGCAGAUCCAGAAGGUGAACGAGAUGUCAAUGAUCCUGAGACGCAUCCAGAUGGGCAUCGACCAGACGGUUCCGCUGAUGGAGCGCCUCAACAACAUGCUGCCCGAGAGCGAACGGCUGGAACCUUUCAGCAUGAGGCCUGACGGGGACUCCGGCGCCAACCGCCUGCUGAGGAGCUUUUGGGUCUGAGUGUUCCGGAACUAAAACUUGCGAGCGCGAGACACGAUUGCAAAUGAGCUCUGGAUGCCCCAGAAAGCUGCGAAAUUGGGAACUCGGUGGAUUUCAAAACAAGAAGAAAGUUUGGAUCUUAUACCUUUCCACUUCAUGGCCUACAUCUUCUUUUUAUGGGAUAUCAUGACGGAUGAAAAUCAUGAGGACGUUUGAAACGUUUCCACUCAUGUACGACUUCUCCAAGGCUAGUUGUAAUUUUCUUUGCUGUAAAAUGAAGGAGAGAAAAAAUAAAUGAAAAAUGUCGUGUUAAGUUGCAUUUUAAAAUAAAACUGUGCCAAAAGAA